UGGGAUGGGCAAACAUGGUUUGCUCGGUCUGAAUUCUUAAAAAUCUACUUUUGACUAACCCUUUGUUGUAGGAUUGGGUCAAAACUAGAACCUCUCACUAUCAUUUCAAAUUGGGAGUGAGUUUCAUCACAUGUAUAAAAACAGAGUUUGCAAAAUCCUCCUGUCCAAGUGUUUAGAUAGAAUGAAGAAACAGGGUAAGCCCAAAAGCAUGAUAUUGAGAAUUUUGCCAAAAGCAGUUUCAGCUGUUCGUGUGAGCUUUCAGAACCCACCGUUCAGCCCAGGUAAAGACAAGAGAGCAGCUUGUGCAAGCAAAGGGUUGUCUUGUCCCAUCAUUUCCAUAAUUCCCGAUGAAGCUCGAAGGAAAUCCAAGAGUGGAACCUUGGAAACUCCAGAACCUACUUCACCCAAAGUCUCAUGCAUGGGACAGAUCAAGCACAAGAAGAAUAUUAGAAAAUUAGCUGCUAAAGCUAAUUUGAAGCCCGUCUCUGUUCCACUCCCUCAUCAAUCUUCUUCUCCUACACAAGGGAAGAAGCAGGCUUCCAAGUUAAGGCGAGUCUUUAGCUUGGCAAAAUCUGAUGCGCCAUCAAGUAACAAGAAAGACUUGCCUGAUAUGAAUAGAGCGCCUGGUUUGGUAGAAAUGAAGCGGUUUGCAAGCGGCCGUGAUGCUUUUGCUAGUUUUGAUUGGACGGCACAGAUUGCACCCCUGGAAGCUGAUCAUGUUCACAGGGAUUAUAAUUAUUACUCUGAUGAUGAGAGAAGAGAUGGUGACUUUGAAGAAGAAGAAGAAGUGAUGAUUCCUUUCUCAGCUCCAAUGAGGAUUGGCUGUGAAGGGUUGCCUUUGCGGCCACGGAAAGAAAUAAACAUAUGGAAGAGAAGAACAACGAAUCCACCUCCGCCCCUUCAAUUGAAAUCCUUGUAGAUGGUCACUGCAAACUCAUAUUCAUUGAUUUCUCUCUUCUCCCUUCUUUAUAUCAUCUCAUAUAUAUAGAUUAUGCAAUUGGCUUUUGGCAUAAUUAAUUGGAAUCUGCCCAUUCCUGGUUGAUGUACUGAUAAAUAUGAAAUUAGGGAAAUAAUUUGGUAGAA